UUUCCAUAUCCUUUUUCUCUUCAUUUUCUUUUCCAUCUUUCUAUGCAUUCAAAGCAUCAUCCAUGGCAGCCUAUAAUAUAUCCACUAUAUUUUCUCUCUUCAUUCUCCUUUUCCCUCUCUCUUUCUCAUAUUCCAAAUCAACAAUCCAUGAUCUCCUCGUUUCAAGAGGCUUACCAGCAGGCCUACUCCCAAAGGAAGUGAAAUCCUAUACGCUUUCGGAUAAUGGAACCCUGCAGGUUUUCUUGGACGGACCGUGCUUGACCAAGUAUGAGAACAGGGUGUUUUUCGACAGCGUCGUAAAGGCUAACCUCACCUAUGGCAGCCUCAUCGGUGUUGUCGGGUUGACACAGGAAGAGCUCUUCCUUUGGUUGCCCGUGAAAGACAUCAUUGUGGAUGAUCCUGGUUCCGGUCUCAUCUUGUUCGACAUUGGUGUUGCUCAUAAACAACUCUCUUUGUCCCUCUUUGAAGAACCUCCUGCCUGUAAACAUCGAGGGAUGUUGAAAAAUCAAGUGAGAAAAGAGGAAGAGUUGGAGGCUGUGAGAUGAAAAUAAAAAAAAAUUCAACCCAAGUUGUCUCAAACUUUUUCCUUUUU